AUGGCUGAUGAGAACUGCACCGAGGUGCCCCAGUUCACCCUCGCAGGACUCACUCAACAUCCACAACUGAAAUUCCUCCUCUUUGGGCUCUUCCUGGGCACCUACACGCUGACAUUAGUGGGGAACCUGGGCCUGAUCGCCCUCAUCAGGGUCAGCCCCCGCCUCCACACCCCCAUGUACUUUUUCCUCAGUGCCUUGUCCUUCCUGGACAUUUGCUACUCCUCCACCAUCAGCCCCAGGAUGCUGCUGGACCUCCCAGCAGACACCAAAGCUAUUUCCUUUGCCGGCUGCCUCGCACAGCUCUACUUCUACGCGGCGUUCUGCGUGACCGAGGUUUACCUGCUGACUGCCAUGGCCUACGACCGCUACGACGACUUCUACUGCGACGGGCCACCGCUCUUCCUCGUCGCCUCCACGGACACGCGCCUCAACGAGGCUCUGGUGUUUGUCCUGGCGGGGUUCAACAUCGUUGCCACCAGCCUGCUCAUCCUCGGCUCCUAUGCCUGCGCCGCGGUGGCCGUGGGCAGGAUGGGCCCCGGUGCGGGCCGGCGCAAGGCCUGCUCCACCUGCGCCGCCCACCUGGCAGCCCUCGGCAUCUUCUACGUGUCUCUCGCCUUUCAUUACAUGCAGCCCAGCUCAGCCCACUCGCUGAGAAGCAAGAAAGUCACAUCUGUCUUCUACACCAUCGUAGUGCCCUUGCUGAACCCUGUGGUUUACAGCCUGAGGAACCAGGAGGUGAACAACGCCCUCAGCAGCUCCAUCAGGAGGACAAUGUACCAAACACAAGAGAAUGAAAUGCCUGAAGGAAACUGCACUGCCCUGACUGAGUUCAUUCUCCUGGGUUUCACAGACUGGCCUGAGAUGGAGAUUCCUUUGUUUGGGCUCUUCCUGCUCAUCUACGGCACCAUUUCGGUGGGGAACAUCAGCCUCAUGACACUCGUCUGGCUCAGUGCCUGCCUUCACACCCACAUGUAUUAUUUCCUGAGCAGUUUAUCCUUCCUAGUCAGUUGUUCCUCUGCCAUCACUCCCAAGAUGCUGGUGAACCUCUUGGCCCAGCAUAAAGCCAUUUCUUUCCGUGGCUGUGGGAUGCAGAUGUUCCUCUUUGCUGCCUCCACUGAGUGACUCGUUUUGGCCGCCAUGGCCUACGACAGCUACGUGGCCGUUUGUCAGCCUCUCCUCUACUCUGAGGCCAUGUCCCACAGGAUCUGCACCUCCAUGGUGGCUGGGGCGUUCCUCAGCAGGGGUCUGACCUCGCUGGUCCACACCUGCCUCGCAUUCUCGCUGCCGUUCUGCGGCUCCAGAUGGAUCAACCAUUUCUGCGACAUCCCGCUGCUGCUGGAGAUCUCCCGCUCUGACACAUGCCUCAGUGAGGUCCUGCUCGUCACCCUGUGUGGCUUCAUCCAGACCAGCACCUUCCUGAGCAUCGCUGUGUCCCACAUCUGCAUCCUCAGCACCAUAUUCCGCAUCCAGGUGGCUGAGAGUAGGUACAAAGCCUUCUACAUCUGCAGCUCCCACCUGACGGCCAUCGCGUUGUUCUAUGGCUCCCUCCUCUUCACCUAUUUAAAGACCAGCUCCAACCACUCCUCCUGGGACACGGACAAAGUAGUGUCUGCAUUUUACACUCUUGUCUUUCCCAUGAUGAACCCCCUGAUUUACAGCCUGAGGAACAAAGAAAUGAAGGAUGCCCUGAGGAGAACAGUGGAGAGGAGGGUCUUUUCUCAGGGAUUUUCUUAG